GAAAGGCUUGCAUAAAACAAGUUGAUCUCUUCCACCCGUUAUUGUCCUUUUUAACGUUUUUUUUUCUUGCUGCACUCGUCUUUAUCUAUCGCUAAUGCGAGAGACUUGCGCGCGAUAUCGACUCGGGAUAGAGAUCUUUCCCGGGUUAGAGAAGCAUUUGUCACAAAGUGUAUAACGCGAUUAUCCCCGAGGUCGUUUAGCGUGCGUCAACUGAUGGGGCAGCGGCGAAGCGCGGCUACGCGGCGCAAGUUCCCACGUUUUUCCGUUAGAACCGUCGCCGUCACGCUCAGCUACUUCCGGCGACCCCACCGGAACUCAAAAGUACGUUUGAUCUCUCGCGUGGAGAGCGCGGUUGAGGAGUCAGGGCGUUCGACACUCUCGCGAACCAUCUUCGGGAAACUCAUCAGUCACUGAUUUCCACUCGAGAACGAAUUUGCGCAAUCGAGCGGCUCGAAAAGUACGAUCGCACGACGAAGUUUCUCAGUCUAUGUCGACGAGGAAACGGAGAAUCAGCGAAAAUAUUUGCGCAUUGAAAAACCGUUUCGACAAUUGGGAUCGAAGAGAGAAUUCGUCAGGUAAUCCAACGGGCGAUGACGAUGCCACGGCUUUCGAACGUAAACUCAACGUUUUCACGAUCCAGACGCGCCAUCUGGAUUCACAGACAACACAGAUAUUGGACUGAUUAAAUCAGUCACGCAUAUUGGUACAAGUGCAAUCUAAAUACAUACUCAUUUGCAUAUCUCGAAGAUACACAGAAGAUUACAGUUUUAUAUAAACCCGAAUAUCGCUUUGGAAAAAUCUUUUGGUAAAAGUCGUAACUGAAGAAACACGGAAUCGGAGAAUGUUGAAAUUCACUAUCAUACUUGCUAUCUUAAGCUUUACAAAUGCAGCAACGGCGCCAACGGAAGAUUCGAAAGAUCAGUUACUGCUCAUGAUUUUAGAAGCAAAAAAUCGAGCAUUUAAUCAGAUACAAACGCUAAAACUAUUAGCAGCCACUGAUGUCGAGAAAUUUAUUACUCGUGUGAAUGAGAUGGUAGAAACGGCUCGAUCUGAUAUGGAAACUUUGAAAAACGAGCUUGGCAAUAUAAAUGAUACCUCCUGCGAGAAAUCGAAGAACAAUAUAAAUGAUUAUGCUUUAAAGACUAUUGCACACUUUCAGUCAUGUGUAGAAAAAGUAACUGAUUCUGCGGAUGCAGACAUGAAUUCCUUAGCCUUUGAGGGAAGUCUCCUGACGAAAGAAAUUCAAUAUACUGAGACCAUCAACAAGGAGUUGCUGCAUAAAGUUACCGACUUUGAGGCAAAAUCUUUCCAAUUCGCAAAGUAUAUGCAAAAAUUGGAAAAAUGCGAAACUCAAUCAAACUUACCACGAUUCAAACGGCAAAUCUCCGAAACUUUGACCAGCUACAAACGAUGUCUUCAAGAUAAAUGAAUAAUCUU